AUGAAAGGCGGACUCCGUAUCGCCGGAUUCUGCGUCGUAUGUGUCCUUGUUUUCGCAUUAUAUCUGCUUGAGGCACAUCUUCAAGAUCUCUGCAAUCAGUAUCGCGCUGGCGCAUACAUGAUCGAUUGGUUAGAUCGGAUUCACAAUGGUGCCGCCUCGAACCCAGUCGGCGGCGUGACCACACAAGGCGAUAAGGUGAUUGUCAUGGCCAGACUAGAAGAAGAGCCCACCGACUGGGUAGAACAACAUCUUCCCGAGUCUUUCCAUCUUAACAGCUGGCAACGUGCAAUCUACAUUGUAAACCCUUCGCACGAAACACGCCAAAAUGCCGAUACCCUAACGAUCCCCCUCAACAAAGGUCACGAGUCUAUGGCCUAUUUCACCUACAUAAUCAACAACUACCACAACCUCCCCUCAACCAUCGCCUUCCUCCAUGCCCACCGCGCAGGAUUUCUCAUGGCCUGGCACGUUGACGCGCCACUCCACGACAACGUGAUAGCGAUGCGCAACCUGCAACUUGAUUUCGUUCAGCAAAAUGGCUAUGUCAAUCUGCGCUGCAACUGGAACCCCGGCUGCAACGGUUCUCCUCAUUACAACGGCCACGUCACCGAGCAGGCUUGGCAGGAUGUGUUCGAAGACACGAGUACACCUCCUUUGAACCUUUCUUCUCCUACACAGCAGGAAAUUGCAGGCCGGACUUAUAUCCGCAAGCCCGUUGAGAUCGGCGCCGCUUGCUGCGCACAAUUCGCUGUCUCGCGAGAUCAGGUUCGGAGGCGUCCGUUGGAGGACUAUAUAAAGUUCCGCCAGUGGAUCCUGGAUACGGAAUUGAGUGAUGCCUCGUCCGGGAGGGUCAUGGAGUAUUUGUGGCAUAUCAUUUUUGGUAUGCAAGGUGUAUACUGCCCCGACGAGCAAUUAUGUUAUUGCCAAGUCUACGGACGCUGUUGA